ACGGACCUCGAAGGACCAGAUUCGCCAUUCUUUUUUUCUUGUACUUUUUUGUACUUCACUUUCAUUCCAAACAUUCACUUUCGUUCAGAGCCUUGACGGCCGUUCAAUUCAAACAACCCACUCUUUAACAAUUACAUCUGGUCCUAGAGACUCUCACGAAGCCAAUUUCUACCCAAACUUUCAAGACAUUUAUAUCUACCGCCAAACAAAAUGAAGAACGCCGCCGCCCUUCUUACUCUUCUUCCCCUCGUCGCCGCCCACGGCUUCGUCAAGUCCCCCCCUCCCCGCAAGCCCGGCAACGCCUUCAAGGCUGCCUGCGGCGACCAGCCCUUCUACCAGCAGUCCGCCGACAUCAACGGCAACGUCCAGGGCAUCAAGCAGGUCGUCGGCUCCAACUUCGACGCCAAGGAGUGCAACCUCUGGCUGUGCAAGGGCUUCCAGUUCGACGACAACAAGGACAAUGUCCAGAGCUACAAGCUCGGCGAGAAGAUUGACUUUGACGUCAACAUCGCUGCUCCCCACACCGGCUACGCCAACGUCUCCGUUGUCAAGACCUCCACUGACAAGAUGAUCGGAGAGCCUCUUAUCGAGUUUGAGAACUAUGCUGCCAACGCUGGUCUCAACCCCAACAACACUGCCUUCAGCGUCACUCUUCCUGAGAGCUUGGGUGGUGAGUGCACCAAGGCUGGUGACUGUGUUCUCCAGUGGUUCUGGGAUGCCCCUGAUAUCAACCAGACCUACGAGUCUUGCGUUGACUUUGUCGUCGGCGCUGGAUCUGGUUCCGGCUCCGGUUCCACCAAGCCUUCUUCCGCUGCCUCUGCUGCCCCCGUCGCUACCUCCGCCCCUGCCGCUGAGAAGCCUACCGCUACCACCCUCCAGGCCGUCGCUGUUACUUCCUCCGCCCUUGGCCCCAUCUUCGAGAGCGUGACCACCGCCGUUCCCGAGCCCACUGCCACUACCCCCGAUGCCGGCGACGAUGAGGACUGCGAUGACGAGGAGCCCGUUGACGAGGGUGACGAUGAGGACUGUGAUGAUGAGGAGGAGCCCACCCCCACUGCUGCAGCUGAGACUGGUGAUGACGAGGACUGCGACGAGGACGAGGAGCCCGAGACCGGUGAUGAUGAUGAGGAGUGCCCUGCCGACGAUGGUGAUGAGUACGACACCCAACCCGCGACACCCAGCAACACGGCCCAAGGAAUCUCCGCAGCCGCUAACACCGCCGCAGUUACUAAGACUCGUCACAACGCUUACCCCGUGCCCAAGCCCACUGGACAGAGCUCAUCUGACAAGACUGGUUCCGGAUCCAAGGGCUCCAACAACAACAACAACGCUGGCAGCAACAACAACGCUGGUAGCAACACUAUCGUGACUUCAUAUGUUACUGUUUCUGCUGCUGAGACCCACUACGUCACCGUCACUGCUGACGCUCCUGCUUGCACUGCUUGAGUGUAAGUGGUGAUGCGAGUGUGUAUAAGCUUCUUGGGGAUGUUGUUUGUGUUUCUUGGAGGGGGUAUAUAUUAUUCAUUUGAUGUAGAUAUUUACUUAUGGGUAGCCUCCUGUGGGGGUAUUCAAUGUGAGAUGUUUGAGGA